AUGAUGGAGACCUCCUGCGAGAAGAACGGUGAUGACUUCCACGUCAAGCACUGCGGGAACUCCUAUGACAGCUUCUUCUGGAAUGACUUCUCUUUUGCUCGGCUUGCUCAGAUCCUACAACACAAGAAUUGGAAAGGGGACGGGAACUACCUGCGCUGCCUACAUCAUGGACACCAGUACCAGUCAGUCCUCCAAGUGAACCAGGUAUAACAUAAGAAUGAUUAGCCUGAAUUGGUGCAGGGGGCAUGCAAUAACCUGUGAGCCAGCAGGGGGCUACCUGGACAGCCUGACUGUGCAGCCACACUUCACCUGAGGCUUCCCAACACAGGCUCCACAGUGGAAAACAGCCCUCCCCAUAUGGCUCUGCAGAGCUGUUAUAACAAGGGUUAAUUCCUCACCACGCCCCCCCUCCCCUGCACUCAGGGGAAAUAUCAGUGAAAGGAGCAGUGAAGACAGCCUGCACACUGACAGGCAGCGGAGAGCUGGAGAUCUGUGUAGGAACAGAGUCAUUGAGGUCACUGUGGAGAGGGGGUUGGGCAUCACUAGAUACAACUGAAAGAGUCUCACAACUUGUUCCACUUACCAGCCCAGACACCAGAGCCGGGACAGCACAGGCUGCAGCUUGUAUCGGGACCUCUCCUGCUGAGGUUUGGAGCUACCAUCCAGCUCUCACAGCAGAGAGCACAGAACCAGAGGAGCUAUGUGCUUGCUGCUCCAUCUGUGCAGGACAGGCAGGCUUUCCUGAGCACUCUGACCAAGGUUCAGGGCUAGGGCUGAGUCUAUCAGGCAGGCGAACAGCCGGUUGUGGCCUACCUUGUUGUGUAGGAAGCAGAGCCAUACUAACAGGAUCUCCAGAACCUGGCGCUAAGACUUCCUGUACCCACCACUGCUGCUGAGAUGUUUUGCCCAAAGAAACCAUGGAAUUAGGAAAGGGUAAACUUCUCAGAAGCGGCCUCAACGCCUUGUACCAAGCCAUACAUCCGAUACAUGGCUUAGCCUGGACAGACGGCAAACAGGUUAUUCUAACAGCCUUGCACCUUCAUAAUGAAGACCCCAAGUUUGGCAACUCCGUAGUGAUUGGGCAAUUUGAACACGUUCAUGGCCUCUACUGGGGUACAGCUCAUGCCAAUGACCUACCCGCUCUCCUGGCCGUUCAACACAAGAAACAUGUCACUGUCUGGCAGCUGUAUUACAACAAUUCAGAGAAAAACAAGUUGGUGGUUUCUCAGACUUGCGAAGUCGGGGACCCCCUGCCCGUUCUCCCACAGGGCUGCGUGUGGCAUCCAAACAAAGACAUCUUGGUUAUUUUAACCAAACGCGAUGUGUCUGUCUUGUAUUCUGUGCGCUUGGACAAUUCUAGUGUUAAGGCGGACAUUAAAAGCACGGGGGUUGUCCAUUGCGCUUGCUGGACCAAGGAUGGAAGUCGGUUGGUUGUCGCCAUCAGUAGCGCACUUUACUCCUAUAUUUGGGACGGGAAGCACAAAAUGUUAAAUCCCUGUACUUUUUGCCCUAUAUUUGACGUUGGUGGAUACAUUUGUGCAAUUGAAUCAACAGUUGACUCUCAGGUGGCCGUUGCCACCGAGCUUCCCCUAGACAGGUUAUGUGCAUUGAAUGCCGGCAUUGCAUUUGACGUGCCAGCAACCUCCGAAAUAACCCCCUCCGCCCAACCAGCCUUGCUGCUCAUGGAUGAAGAAUUUUCUCUAGAUGUGGGGCGAAAAUCAACUGAUUCUGGCACUACCAUCUCCACAGAUUCCCCAGUUACUUCCCCUGGGACUAUUGACCUAACCCAUAUCUUGAUCAACCACUCGAAAUCUGAUCUGAGCCCGCUUCUUAACCUAAAACCCAAGGACUACUUAACAGGAAGUGGUCAAGACUCCUCACAUCUGAUCCUUGUGACCUUCGAGAAGAAAGUGACGUCCACCCGGAAAGUUAGCAUCCCAUGGAUUCUAGUUCCGGACAUCUUGGCAUUUGAUCCUGGUGCACAUAUCGUUGCCGUCGCUUCAAACACAUGUAGCCAUGUUCUAGUUUAUUCAUUGACUUCUACAAACAUGCCCAAUAUUCAGCAAAUCCAACUGGAGAAGAAUGAGCGGCCUAAAGGCUUGUACUUCCUGACAGAUAAAAUGUUGUUAGUGUUGGUUGGAAGGCAGAAGACAUGUGACCCAGCAUUCCUCCCUUCUUCUAGCUCUGAUAAAUACAUCAUCCGUUUGAUGGUGAAGGAGGUUAUGUUUGAUGAAGACUCUGAGAUUCCGAGUGCACACUCGAGCUUCGACUCUUCAGCUAUAUUACCUGGGAGAAAGAAGUAUGUGGACUCCUACAAAUAUGAGCAGUCUCCUGCUUGUCGUGAACUUUUGAUCCCAGGAAGUUCCUCGGGACGUCCAUCUUCAAGCAAAAAUCGACUCAUAGAAGAGAUUCGAAGCUAUAACUGCGAUCAAAGCCCAACGUCCAGCGCUAGUGACUUUGAAGAGAAAAAGACUACAAUGACUUUGCACCACUUAGACGCCGAACCGAAAAAUAGGUCUGUAAUACUAGGUUUAGAGACACAUCGUAAACCUUCCAGCAGACCAACAUCUCCAAAACUGCAAUCCCAGGCGUGCAACAACCUGACAAGGAACACCACUGCUGUCCCGGACCAUGAUUUCCUUCACGUGUCCCGGAAUCUGGAGCGACUUUGCUGCAACAUGUCCAAUCUACAGCAACGCCUAUCCGAUCUAACAGAAAUGGCGCAAAAUGGAAGGAAGUCUUAUCUGUCCUAUGCAUCCUCUAGAGAUCCUCCAUAUGUUACCAUCAUAUGCCAGAGGAAUCACUCGGACAGUUCGUCGGUGAAAAAGUCGGUUUUGCUGUGUGACAACAAGCUGCGUCUCGGGACCAUCCAGGAGCUCUUCUGUUUGUCGCUGGUGGAGAUGCAACUGGGCCCCUCUUGUUGGAUUACUCUGACAGCCGAUAACGAAGGCUUCAUCCCAUUGACAUUUUCGGCCAAUCAGGAACUCUUCAUCAGAGACGCCAGAGGGCCUCCAGCAUCAACCAUGAGCUCCGACGGAAUCGGUCCAGCACAGCCCCCCAGCAGCAUCACAUAAUGUGCGCUGUCCGCUCGGGGGGCUGUUCUGCUUUCCAUCUUACCGUAUGCACUGGGCUUGGGGGCUCCACCGCUCCACAGUACCCUGUAAAUAUCCACUUAUAGGCAGCUUCAGAUUGUUGUAAGGAUUCCUUACUUACCUCCGGUGCUGACGGGAUAGGAUCCCAGUAUUUUGUGCAAUAUACGUCCUACAUUUCUAGGACUUCCAACGCCCUGGACCUCAAGAGUAAUACAUUGUAGGGUGUCCAGUACCAGACCCUUGAUGCUGCUGGAACAUCCAUAGAUUUUUAUCAGACGGUGAUGACAUAGAGAGAGAGACUUCCCGGUUAUCAUAGUGAUGUGAUUGUGCCAGCGCGUUUCAGUAUUUGCAGUAUUUAUCGCUAGAUAUUAAAGUACUGGUGGACAUGCAUGAGGAAUGUAUUUUUUGGUAAUGCAUGUUCCUGCCCUGAUCGUAUCUAUAGUAUGUGCGCGGCAUAUUAGAUACCUGCGGGACAAUCUUUGUUACCAUUGAAUGUAUAAAGUAAAGGCCACCAUUAUGUGGGCAGAGCCAGUGUUAUAUCCGUGUGUACGUGCUGACAGAUGUGCAUUUCAUUUGCAGUGAUGUCCAUGUAGUAGAGAGAUUCACCACCUAAAGGUUUUAUUAGAAAAAUCUGAUUAAUAAUGCAGGCUGAGAUAGGCUGAAGUCAACACCUACAGUCACUGGCUGCAGCAGUAACACGGCCAUCUUGCGUCACGUGACCAGUUGAUCUGAGGCAAAGGGAGAAUGUCACCACUGAGGCCAGUGAUUGGCGGAUGUUGACAGUGGGGUACCCAAGCGAAGCAGCCGAAGACGGGGAGCGAAGGAGCCAGGACCCAGCAACAGGGAGAAGGUAUUUUUCCCUUUAGUAGGUCUUCCCAGGAGGGGGUUUGCCAAAAAAAAAAAAAAGCUAGCCAACCCCUUACUGUUCAACCAUAGUUCAGGGGAGGAUUGGCCAUAGACCCUACAGAGAUAUUUCCCAGUGGGCCAAUGCCCAAGGGGCCAUCUGAGCCCUCGUCACGGCUGGCCAGUGGAAUUUUUUGGGGAUGUAUUUUGUGCUGCUGGCAUUUGGCUCUGUUGAGGUGGUAUAAUGUGCUACAAUAUGGUAUUGCUGGCCUCGCUCUGCUUCCAUCAAUUUGGACCCAACUACAAAACAGGGCAAUUUUAUUUGUAUUUUUUCCAGGGCCACUUCCCAGUUGGCCCCUGCCCUAGUUUAAAUGGAGCAGUGGUUGAGUAUAUGUUCCGCCACGGUAUUCAAAAUCUAUGCGACUGAUGUAGAUAGCCAAUAGCCAAGCAGAGAACUCGCUAUCUCCAUUAGCCCCAUAGACUUUUAUGGGGAGGGGGGCAGGGUGCUCAGGACCCUCAUUUCUGGAAUUGUUGGGGUGCCAGUGUUGGUUCAGGCGAGAAAUAUCAAUUGUGAGAAAACGUUUAAAGGAAUAUUCCCAUCCCAAGAUUUUUUGCAAAGUGUUUAAUUUUUUUGAAUUUAAGAUGCAAUAAAAAGCACCAUCAUAGAGCUCCGAUUCCUCGUCACUAGGCGGGUUACUAAGCUCGCCUGCAAUCCUAUUUUUGGACAUCGUACAUAGUCUAGCUUUAUCUUUGGAGAGAACAUGGAAUCCUGCUCACAAUGUAGCCUUGUCACAACUAAACAACUUUGACUCUGUAUGAAGCGAUCUGGAUUGGCAUGUGUUACGUGUCCUAGUACAUCUCGUGUGGUGGGUGUGCUUGGCUGAAACUGACUUGUCACAUUCUGCAGUGACAGUUCCGUUCCCAUUCUCAGAUAUCUUCAUUGUCACAGUAACCAUAGAUAUGGGACUAAUGGCAGCAGGAAAACAUGAAGUUAGUGACUGCAGCCUUCGCUUGGAAAUCUGCAAAAGAUUAGGUCUCUGUAUUUCGAUUUGAUUACUCAGGAUAAGUAAUGUAAUGUAUGUACACAGUGACUCCUCCAGCAGAAUAGUGAGUGCAGCUCUGGAGUAUAAUACAGGAUGUAACUCGGGAUCAGUACAGGAUAAUUAAUGUAAUAUUCAGUGCAUUCUGAAAAUUUUCAAACCCUUUUACUUUUUUCACCUUUUGUUAUAUUGUGGCCUUGUACUAAAAUAAGAGAGUUUUUGAUAUCAAUCUGAACUCAAUACCCCAUAAUGAGAACAGAAUGUUAGAAAUGUUUGCAAAUAUAAUAAUAAUGAAUAAACAAAAAUUUUGCAUUGA